UUUCUGACUUGUCUACGGACUUGUAAAACUCGGUAUGACUGACGCACACGGCUUGCUAGCUUGCUGCCCGAGGGGCAACUCUGGGAAGCCUAGAUUCAUAAACCACCAGCGGAAGCAGUAGCAAGAGCAAGCGCAAGCAAGCACCGACCGGACAAAGAAUUGGCUUUUGUAUCGGGGCCUAGCGCGGCCUCCAACACGGACAUCCCGUCCCUGAGACCGGGGCCAUCUUCCGAUAUCGCUCUCGCGAGCAGUACGGACUGCGUCACUUUAGUGGUCAGCCGCGCGUGCACCCCUCGAUGUCUGGGGGGACGAUAGCCCAGCCUGACGCCCGGGCCGCUCUCGGCUGGCGUUCGACUCUCGAUGCCCGCCAGCGAUGAAUCUCUUGCCUGCCAGUCGGGUUUUAAGUAGAUCUCGUAUCAGACUGGGGUGUUGUAGCAGAAAGGUUAGUUUGCAGCUGCGUCGACGGUUCGUACCGCGAGCUACUGCAGGUUCGCCGGAAGCUAGUCUUCUCGGCAGGUUAGCAGUCGCUGGUAUUGUGUUUAUUACCCAUAGUUUAUUCCUCGUCCAUGGUUGCUUUUUCCUCUUGGGAUCCCAAAGAUAUAUAGGACACACGGUUCCCUGUCGGCCUGUCACUGACCUGUCUAUACCAAGUCAUAUCUUGCUUUUCACUCGCUCAUCUUUCUUUUCUCACAAACGGUCCAGCUUGGCUUCUCUCUUGCCCGUACACGCUUUCAUUGGAGUAGUAUGGACCCGUCGAGACUGUUCUAUUCGACCACCGCUGACUCGAUCGACGCGGCUACACCACGAACUAUGCCUACAUCGCUGGACGCGAAUCUACGCGAGUACUACAGGAGCAUUGCCUCCAGUGCGACUCCACUGUCGCUCACGCCCGUCGCCGGCCAGCGGCAUUCCUCGAUCCAGCCGCCGUACGAGCCGCCGCGGUUAUGGAGCUAUACAUACUCGUGCUCCUGCGGCAGCUUUCACCCCGUCGAGGCGUGCACGUCGCUGGGGAUACACCGCAACGGUGGUUUUAGAUCGCCGGCGAGUAGGUUGCAGCGGCGGCGGCCGAAUCAUGCAGAGGACGAGGGUUAUGUGUCUGAGAAGGACCGCUGAGAUCGGUUGAUGUACGAGUGUUUAUUAUUUGCUUGUUGGGUUUUAUGUGUGGAGUUUACGGCCAUUUGCUUUUGCUUUCUUUUCUUUGUUUUGUA